AUGCAUAUUACUGCUCCAGCCGUUGCACUCUUCGCCCUCGCUGCCGGCGCUGUGGCAAAGAAUCAUGGCCAUCCCCUGGCCUAUGAACAGGCCGUAGAUAUCUCGCAGUCUACGUCGACACCGCCGGCCUCUGCUUCAUCUACCCAGUCACCUACCCCGAGCUCCCCCAUCUCUUCCAGCUCUCCGGUCGUAACCACUCCAAGUCCCAGCAGCAGCGCCAUCGUCCCUCCCGGGAACGUCACUACUCCCACGACCCCUGGGGGAUCUUCAACCCCUAUCACCACCCCUGCUUCCAGCUCUCCUUCCACAACUCCUGGAGGUGGAGGCGGCGGUGGUGGAGGAGGUGUAGGUGGAGGCGGUGGUACUGGUGGUUCUGGCGGCACCGGCACUGGCACUGGUGGCAGCGGAGGCUCUACAUCCCCGCCAACCAACCCUGCUGUCAAGGUCGAAGUUUCGGGAAUCACCUACAUUGGUGCUGCUGUCGGUGCUCUCGGUGUCUUCAUGGCCCUUGCUUAG